UAUGAAGAAGAGGAGGCUGAGGGAGACCUGAUUGCUCUCUGCAGCUCCCUGAGAGGAGGCUGCAGCCAGCUGGGGCUGGCCUCCUCUAACAAAUAACAAGUGACAGGACAAGAGGGAAUGGCCACAAGUUGUGCCAGUGGAGGUUCAGGGUGGAUACAAGGAACCAGAAGGGCUUCUGAGGUACCGGUCCAGUCUGCCCGGAGGCUUGAUGACACCAAGCUGGGAGGCUUGGCUGCGCCAGCUGCAGGCUGUGCUACCACCCAGAGAGCCCUGGGCACAGAGCUGGGCACAGAGGAGCCAAAGGAGGCUCAGCAAGGCCAAGGGCAGAGUCCUGCACCUGGGGAGGAAGAGCAAACUGCAGCAGCAGAGGCUGGGAGGUGACUGCUGGAGAGCAGCCCCAAGGAGAGGGCCCUGGGGGUGCUGGGGCAGAGCAUCCCUGGCACAGCAAUGUGCCCUGGGGGCCAAGAGGCCAAUGGGGGCCUGGGGGGCACUCAGCAGAGUGUGCCCAGCAGAGCCAGGGAGCUUCUCCUGCCCCUCUGCUCUGCCCUGCUGAGAGCUCCUCUUGAGCCCUGCCUUCAGUUUGGGGCUCCCCAGGUGCAGAGGGACAGGAACUGCUGGAGAGGGUCCAGGGGAGGCUGUGAGGAUGCUGAGGGGCCUGGAGCAGUGCCUGGGGAGGAGAGGCUGAGGGCCCUGGGGCUGCUUAGGCUGGAGAAGAGAAGGCUGAGAGGGGAUUGGAUCAAUGUCUGCAACUCUCUGAGGGCUGGGGGCAGGAGGGGGGGACAGGCUCUGCUUACUGCUCCCUGGGCUAGGCCAAGCAGCAGUGGAUGGAAGCUGCAGCACAGGAGGCUCAGCUCAGCACAAGGGCAACUUCUUGGCUGGAAGGGUCCCAGAGCCUGGCACAGGCUGCCCAGAGAGGCUAUGGAGCCUCCUUCUCUGGAGCCUUCCCAGCCCUGUCUGGAUGUGUUCCUGUGUGCCCUGAGCUGGAUUGUGUGGCCCUGCUGGGGCUGGGGGGGUUGGGCUGGAUGAGCUCCUUGGGUCCCUUCCCACCCCUGACACCUGUGAGCCUGUGAUGGAGUUCCCAUGCCUGGGGAGUUCCAGAGCCGUGUGGAUGUGGUGCUGAGGGCCGUGGUGUAGUGCCGGGGUCGUCAGCGUUAGGCUGCUGGCUGGACUCGGUGCUUCGAAAGGGCUCCUCCAGCCCGGGCAAUCGGCGAUUCCAUGGAGAGCCAGCUGGAGGGCACAGCGCGGGCAAGCGCGGCGGGAUGCCCACUCCCGGGCUGUGCCGGCGGGGCCGCAGGGCGGGAUGCGUGCGCCCCAGACGCCCCGGCCAGGGCACGCAGGCCAUGACGUCUGCUGCCGAGCCUCGCAGAUCCGCGGCGCCUUCCCGUGCGUGCCGCCUCCUUCCCCCGGGCCCUGCCCGCUGUGCCGAGCGCGGGGCGCACAAAGAGGCGCUCCGCAGCGCGGCUGCCGCCGCUGCCGAAGCCGCUGCCGGCCCCGCUUCCUCCGCCUGGCUUUGCCCCGGCCCGCGGCUCGCUCGGCCCGCAGGCCAUGGGCAUGUCUGCGGGGGACCAGCACGCUGCCAGCCCCAGAGACGAGGCGUGGCCAGAAGCAGAGAAGGCUGAGAAGCUGGCGAGAGGAGCUGCUCUGAAAUGGGCCUCAGGAGUAUUCUGUCGGCCUGAGAAACUGGAGGGGCUUGGGCAGUACCGGAGCCGGGAGACGCAGAGGAACAGCUCCAUCCAGUCCCGUCUGAAGUCGACUGUGCAGUCCUACCUGGAGGGGGUAAGCACAGGGCUGGAGCAGCUGCGGUCGGCGACCCAGGAGGUGCAGGCCGUGUGCCAGGAGCUGGGGGCUGCCCGGUGGGCCCUGCUGGACAGCGCAGAGCAGUGCCAAGGCCUGCAGCAGAUGCGGGCGCUGAUGGCAGACCACGUGCAGCUGGCCUCGGUAGUGCAGGUGCUGCCCCAGCUCUUCUCAGUCCACGAGGCUUUUUCCCAUACCCUGCAGCUGCUGCACAGGCAGUGUCUCCUGGAGGCACAUGCAGAGCUCAUGAUGAUGGAGCACCUCCGGGAUGACAUCUUAUGCCAUCUGCACCUCCGUGGGCUCUCUGGUGCCCAGGCAACUGUGCUGUCCUACUUCAGUGGCCUGCAGGAGCUCAACGAGCGCCUGGCCAAGCAGCUGUGGGACAUUGCAGGCAGCAGCCUGCGGCUGGUGCGCCAGGACCCAGCUCUCUUUGUCAGCGCGGUGCGGAUCGUGGAGCGGGAGGAGAGGAUAGAUGACACUCUGCUCCUGGAGGCCACCUUCCUGCCCCCCGGGCGCCCCAAGGGCUGGAGGCAGAAGUUCCAGCGCGUGCUGCAGGAGAGCCUCGUGGGCGCUCGCUUUCGUGGCGCCUGCGUGGGCACGGCAGGGCCGGCGCUGGCCAGGCACCUGGCAGCACUGAGGGAGGACGUCGUGUCCGAGCUGCGGGUGGUGAAGGAUCUGAUGGUCCAGUGCGUCCCAGCUCACUACAACAUCCUGGGCGUCUGCACUGCCGCCUACCACCAGGCCCUCGCUGGCCACCUUCAGGAGCUCCUCCGAGAGGACCUGGACAAACAGGGGCUCUUCCUCCUGCUUGAGUGGGCACUGCGAGUGUACCACAGCCCGGAGAUGAUGGGGCACCCUGACCUGCUCCCGGAAGUGGACGUUUCUGCUCUGGGUCCCUUGAUGUCUCCUGAGCUCAUGGAUCACACCGAGAGGAAAUACGUGGUGAAAGUCAAGGCUAGUGUGCUCGAGUGGAUGCAGAGAACCCUGGAGGUGGAGUUCAAGGAGUGGUUCAGGGAAGAGGAGCCUGAGACAGACCAUCUGGGCUUUUUCCAGUCAGCCCUGCCUGUCAUUGUCAUGCAGAUGCUGAACGAGAAUAUCCAGGUCGCCUCCUUGAUCACAGACUCUCUGCAGCAGAAGGUCUACGACAUGGCCUUGGAGGAGCUGGAGGCGUUCCUGGGCCGCCUGCGGGAAGCCCUGGUGCAGUGUGGCAAGGAGCACCAGCGGGACCGCACCGUGCCCAGGUUCUACAGCUCCUACCUGCUGGCCGUGCUCAACAACAACCUGGCCCUCAGCUCCGCUGUCUCCUCCCUGCACCCCGACGCCGCCCACAGAGAGAUGCCCGCGUCCCUGCAGGCUGCUCUGGACAGGACACAGAAGAAGGCCUGCCAGCUGCUCCUGCAAGAGCUGCUCCUGGACCUGCAGCCCCUCUGCCUGCAGCUGCCCUCCCGCAGGUGGCUCUCGGGGUCGCAGCUGGUCAGCAGCAUGUGUGAGGUGGUGGACAGAUACAGCAAGGACUUCCGCCGCGUCAGGACCCCUGUCUGCACGCUGCUCCUGGUGGAGAGCGAGCUGGUGGUGACCAGCCAGUACCUGCGAGCUCUGCUGCAGCAGAAGAUGGUGUGCAGGAGCCAGGAGGAGCGGGCACAGCUGUGCCACCGUCUGCUGCAGGACGCCACACAGCUGCGUGACCUCUUCUGUGGCCUGGGUCUGGAGCAGAGCCAGCAGAGCCUGGAAGCCAUCUUUGCUCUGCGGGAGCUGAUCUGCCUCGAAGACCCAGCACUGCUCAGCCUGGAGGUGCUGGGCUUCAUCACCAAGUACCCUGAUGUCAGUGAUGAGCACAUCUCCACCCUGCUGGACCUCCGUGGUGACGUCUCCAGGGAGAUGAGGCACGUGGUGCUGGAGAUGAUGGCUCAGCACCCCCAGGUCCUGCCCGACAGCUACCGGCCCAUCUUCAGCACCAUCCUGGUGCCUGCACCAGAGCUGCCCCUCUGCCUCCGCAAGGCCAAGUGCGCCUGAUACUCCCUGCUGCCCAGGCACAGCCUCGCCACCAGGACAGCUCCAGGGCCGAGCCUGGGCACAAGGGAGGCGAUCCGCGGCACCCCCUACAUGCAGCAACCUUGCCCUCUGCCGGGGACAGUUUGCAUUCAUGCCACCCUCGCUGAGCCAACCGUCGCCUGCAAGUGCCAGUCUCAGGAGACCUGGGGCAGGAGGAGACCAACUCGUGGCUGUUGUGCUGGGCUGCGGAGGCAGGAGGUGAGGAUGGCUCAGCUCUGGGCUCUUUCCUGCAGGAGAAGGGAGCUCCAGAGCAAUGGGCAGGGUUCUGCAGCUGCCCUAAGUCCACAUCACUAUGGGGCUUGCCUGGUCUCUUGGCACCCUCGGAGCCAGCAUGGCCUGGCUGUGGAGCCCAACUCCAGGGCAGAGUGGAGCCUUGCUAGACCCAGGCUUGCUGGAGGGUUUUAGGCAUGGGAGGUCUCAGCCUAGAGGUCUGCUGCUGAUGGUCCACCAGCCUGGGCUCUGUACAGAUGAUGGAGAGCAGCUCAGGCAGCUUGGCACCCUUGGGUAGUGCCAUCAGCCCUUCCUUGCCAGAGAGAAAGGACAGCUCCAGGUUCCUGCUGACCUGCCCAUGUCCUGGCCCCAGCUCUUGUCAUCAUUCAAGGCAAGACUGGAGUCCAAGACACUCCAGCUCCUUGGAGAGCACAGCUGUGUCUGAUGCAUCCCAAGGUUCCUCUGUGAUGUGCAGCACCACCCUGGGCACCGGCUCAGCCUCCAUCCUCUGCUGCUCUCCAGCCUUUGGUCCUGUCCUUCCCAGGUGCCAUGUGAAGACCAGGAGCAAAGGCUGGCUCUCUGCCUGCACCCUUAUGCCCAGCCCUGCCUUGUAGUAGGCUGCAUCCUGCUGUCCUUGUGUGGCACCACUGCCAGAAAUAAAGCCCUGAGCUCUGCA